UUGUUAAAAUUGCCAAACUGCGAUUAUUCUCUGACGCGGUUACCUAUACCCGCGUCCCUUCUAUGCAAGAAAAUUCAACAUCUGAUUCUGUUAAUACAACUUUACGCCUUGAAACAGAUUUUAACGCCGAGUCCGGAGACGACGAAACUCAAGUUUUCAUUAAAAGUGGAAAUUAUAAGAAAGAAGAGCGUACCCCUCUACUCCCUGAAAGAAGUCCUACAAGCCGAGAAAUGAGUUCACCUGAUGAAGCUGGUAUUCGUUCAGAACGGGUAAAUACUUUGGAUUCGCAACAUUCUGAUGAGGAAAUUUCACGAAUGUGUAACGAGCAAUAUGGAACUACAAUAGGCACAGAUUUUGCAGAUAAUCUUGCUGAGGCUAUCCGUGCUAUAAACCAUGAAAUUUACCCUGAACGAAUUGCUCAAGGCUCUUCUGGAUCUUAUUUUGUUAAGAAUUUGAAAAGGGAAAAAAUUGCUGUCUUCAAACCGAAGAAUGAAGAACCUUAUGGGUCCUUAAAUCCAAAGUGGAUCAAGUGGCUACAUAAGUUGUUUUUUCCUUGCUGUUUUGGACGUUCUUGUCUUGUACCAAAUCAAGGAUAUUUAUCUGAAGCUGGUGCGUCUUUGGUUGAUCAAAAGCUCGGUCUGAAUGUUGUACCAAAGACAGCAGUUGUUUCUCUUGCAGCUCCAACAUUUAAUUAUAGCCGUGUUGAUCGAGCUAUGACUCGCACAAAGGAACGAAUCCGUGAUCGUUAUCCUGAUAUUGGUAGACAUUUUCGCCGUAUUGGAUUACCUCCAAAGCGUGGAAGUUUCCAGCUUUUUGUAAAUGGCUAUCAAGACGCUGCAUAUUGGUUACGACAAUGGGAACUUUUCCCUGAAAUGGCUCCGCCGACUUCUGUAAUGUCUGAAUUUCAAUUGGAAUUUGAAAAAAUGGUUAUUCUUGACUAUUUGAUUCGAAAUACUGAUCGUGGAAAUGAUAAUUGGUUAAUUAAAUAUGAGCCAGUGACUGUAGAAGGGAAGGUUGGUGAUAUCACCUCUGGAUUGCUAGCAAAGCCGAGGGAUGGGACUGCUCCGGGAACUGCAAUGCGACUGAACGAGGAAAUUAAUUCUCAGGAUGAUGCUAAAUUAAUCGAUCUUCAUGAAGACAAUGAGGAAAUAGACGGAGUUGAUGAAACUCUAAACGACAGUGCAGAUCCUUACCAAUGGGUUGGCCUUUCAAUUGCUCAACGUCCUUUUAGUGAUGAAAUAGUCAGUAAAGUAUUACCUUUGGUAGACAAUACAGAUUUUGUGCGUGAAUUGGGUAAUGAUCUUCGAAAAAUAUUUGAGGCAGACAAAGGCUUCGACAAGAAAACAUUUGCCAAGCAAUUAUCUGUAAUUCGUGGUCAAAUGUUUAAUUUACGAGAAGCCUUACGUGCUAGAAAAUCGCCUGCUCAACUUGUUCAGAUGACUCCACAAUAUAUGAUCGAAAUUAAACGAAAGAAACUUCGUAAAUUCCGAAAACUUGUAAAAAAUAUCAAAAGCAGCAACAGCCAAAUUACAACGACAACUGAGCUUACACCUUCAACGACUAAUUUAAACCAAUCAACAAGUGGAAAAAGUUUAGCAGAACAACCGCGCAUACAGGAUAAUGGCAAGUUUCAAAUUGCUGGUACUUCGUCAAGCGUUCCGGUCAACGAAGCUGCAAUUGCAUCAGAAGCCAUGACUACUACCGAAGACGAAUAUGAGAAUCCAAAAUCAUGGCACAACACAUUUAAACAAAAAGUGCAGACUCGUUCUCCAUUCUUUGUGAUUUGGUAAAAAUCAAAAUUUUUAAAAAUAUUUUUGUAAUCUUUGCCUUGGAUGGAGAAUGUCUUAAAUUGGGAUGCUGACUUUUAAAUUAAACUUUUGUAAUUUAAAAGGUUCCCUUGUUAAUUUUAAAUCAUAAACGUUCUCACUUGUCAGUUGUGUUUGGAUCUAAAUAUUAGUUAACUUAAAACUGACAAAUCAAGGGAGUACUAAAAAGCUUACGCGAAUUAAGAUUUUUGCGCAAACACAGACCUGUAUUCACAAAGCAUAUUGAAACUAUUUAAAAGUCAGACCCUUAAGGAUACAUAUUUUAUGAAAACAAAAGCUUAAAUUGAACAAAUUAUUUUUUUAAUAUUUAAUAAAUUUUUAAAAAUUAAAUUAUGUAUUUUUGGCAUAUACCUAUUUAUAUUCCUUUUAUUUUGAUUUGCUUUUUAUAUACAGUUUUUCCACUUCUUGUUUUUCUUUUGCGACUUUUAAUUUUCUUUUCCGCCUUCACUUUCUUAAAAUAGACAAUUACUCAACUAUUAUUUUAUUGUUUUUUCAAAUAUCAAAAAUAAUUUCUUUAAUUAUAAUAAUUUCAACAAAAAUAUUUUAUAUAAAAUUUAUAGACUUUUCGCAUUUAUUCACAAACUUAUUUUUUUUAAAUUUU